AUGCGCUUGAAUCCUGAGAAGUGCGUCUUCGGAGUCCAAGGGGGCAAAUUCCUCAAAUUCAUGAUCACCCAUAGGGGUAUUGAAGCCAACCUAGAAAAGUGCAAAGCCAUCAUACAGAUUCAUAGCCCUCACAAUGUCAAGGAUGUCCAACGCUUGGCAGGAAGGUUACUAUCCCUUUCUCGUUUCAUCCCCAGGUUCGCAGAGAAAGCCAGACCUAUCUUUACCUUGCUCCGCAAACCAAAAAACUUUGAGUGGACUGAUCAAUGCGAAGAAGCUUUCAAGAGCUUCAAAACUUUCCUCACCACCCCGCCAGUCCUACAAAGGCCGCAUCAUCAUUCCGACCUCCUCCUGUACUUGGCAGUCGGUGGUGGUGCAGGUAUCAUUUUGGAAGGACCCAACAAGGUCACCAUAGAACAAUCUCUCAAAUUCGGAUUCAGAGUCACUAAUAACCAAGCAGAGUACGAAGUAUUACUUGCAGGACUGAGGUUGGCUCACGACCUCGGAGCGCAAAGGGUGAGCUGCAACAGUGACUCAAAACUCAUGGUAGAACAACUCAGUGGGGCAUACCAGACCAAGGACACCCUACUGCAAAGGUACUUUCAUGCAGCAUCCCAGCAGAUCUCAUCCUUUGAUGAGUUCACCAUACGCCAUGUGCCCCGAGAGCAGAAUGUCAGAGCCGAUCUCCUGUCCAAGCUCGCCAGCACAAAACGCCCUGGACAACAUCGGACCAUCAUCCAAGAGACUCUGAAUUCACCCAGUCUAGACGAUAAAGUCGUCAUCGCCAACAAAAAUGAAGACCAAGGAUGGAUGACAGGUAUAUGGAGCUACUUAAAGGAGGGAACUCUACCCGAGGACAAAGAUGAAGCUCAGAAGAUGAGGGUGAGGUCAUCCAAGUUUGUCAUCAUUGGAGAUGAGCUGUUCAAACGCAGCAUCUCCACUCCCCUGUUGAAAUGCCUAGCAAAGUCCCAAGCCACCUAUGUCAUCGAGGAGAUCCACCGAGGAAUAUGUGGUAUGCACUCCGGGGCACGCUCGAUGGCGACCAGGGUGCUCCGGGCUGGAUACUACGUGGCCUUUCGCCUAGUGGGGAAUGGACAUCCUCAGACCAUUUCCCCCCUCGAAAGGUCAACUGAAAUUCCUCCUUGUGGCAGUCGACUACUUCACCAAAUGGAUUGA